AUGCCAGUCCCACUACCUCCAGAUGACCCCAGAUUCAAGCAACGUGUCGAGAACACCUUCCGCCUGGAUCCGGAGGCCAGCGAGAGGUUCAGGUGCGGCCACGCCAAGGACCUUGUACAGGCGCGCCUGACGGAGGCCCUGCAGGGGGUGCAGUACGACGUGGAGCAGGCCCGGUCUCUGGCAGUGAGCAUCGCCAACAACAUCAGACUGGACCUGGAGCAGCUAUACCUGCCCAGGUAUAAGCUGGUGGCACACGUGCUGAUCAGUGAGCGGCGCGACCAGGGCCUGGCGGUGGGAUGCCGCUUCCUCUGGGAUGACGCCAAGGACAACUUUGCUACGGCGACAUUCGAGAACCAGACGUUGGUCGCUGUGGCCGCCGUGUUCGGCACCUACUGCGAGUGA